AUGCAAACUCCUAGGAGUACUUCAUCUAAAUUGGAUAGAGACUCUGAUCUUAAAAAGGUUGAUCCUACCUUUUAUAGGAGUAUGAUUGGUAGCUUAUUGUAUUUGGCAGCUAGUAGGCCAAAUAUUUCAUUUUGUGUAGGUAUUUGUGUUAGGUAUCAAGUUGAUCCUAGAGAACAACAUUUUCUUAUGGUCAAGCGUGUUAUUCGUUAUGUCAAUAGUAUAUUGAAUUAUGGAUUAUGUUAUUCUUCUGAGUCUAACUUUGAGAUUGCAGGUUAUAUUGAUGCUGAUUGGGCAGGUAACAAGGAUGAUAAAAAGAGUACUUCCGGUGGUUGUUCCUAUGUAGGUACUAAUCUUGUUUCAUGGUACAACAAGAAGCAAAAUUGCAUAUAUUUAUCAUCUUGUGAGGCUGAAUACAUUACUGCUAGAAAUUGUUGCACACAAUUGCUUUGGAUGAAACAAAUACUUAUGGAUUAUGGAUUUGAUCAGGAAACUAUUGCUAUCUUUUGUGAUAAUACUAGUACAAGUAAUAUUUCAAAGAAUCUAGUUUUACAUUCUAGGACUAAGCACAUUGACAUUCGAUAUCAUUUUCUUAGAGAAUUAGUUGAACAAAAUGUCGUGUCUUUGGAAAAAGUGCAUACUUAUCAGAAUUUGGCUGACAUUCUCACCAAGCCAUUACAUGCUCUUAAGUUUUCUUAUCUUAGGAAAUCUAUAGGCAUUUGUUGUCUUGAUUAG